UGUUCCUCUUCUCCCAGGCAAUUAAAGGGGCAGAGGUGGACCCUUUUUCUCCUAGAGAGGCAUCAACCAAGACCCAGGCUGAGUGCGCCGGCAGCAUCCAGGCCGCAUCCGAGCCAUCCUGCCGCCGCCUUCCGCGACACCCGGCUAUUCCCAAUCGCCAAACCUCGCCGGGCCUUUCCGCCCACCUCUGGAGCCGCUUCCCCACAGCUCUCUGGCCCCUUCCCACCCAGAUCACCUCUUCUCGGGUCUCACCCAGCAGCACCGACCUAAGAUGGCGGCGAGAAAGAAAGAGCGCAGCCGCGGGGCAAGCUGGGAUAGGAAAUCGCGAGGACCCCCGGCAGGUCUCUGCUGAGGUGGCUAUACGACUGGCCUGUCUGAAAUCUGCUUUCUAACAAGCAUUUAGAAACGAAAUUUUGUCCGUUUUGCUUUUACACCAAGCUUUCUUUCUGCUCCCGCACCGCGUAGGACACCCCAUGGACCCUUGGAGUUAAGUCUAAAACAAACAAAGCAGGCAGGCUUCAGCAUAACCCGCGCUCUUCUCAGCGAGGGCCCCUCCUGAAGCUUGGUGGUAACCAUGGCGACGAGUCCUCCUCAGCUGGAGCCCCUCGGAGGGGCCAAGCCUAAGCCGCCUAAGCUCCUGCCUCUGGACGCUGUACGGUUUUCUGCUGUACUGGAGGAUUGCAUUGACCAGCUUGCCAUCCUCGGCUACAUCAUGCCAGUUUCAUAUGAGGGCAGGAAAGAUGUCAGUGACCUCAAUGAUGCAGAGAUCAAGGGCAUUCUUGCUAACCAGAAGGAUCUGAGCACGAAAUACAAGAAUCUGAUGGACUCACGGGCAGAGAGCCAGGCUAAGAUCCCCAGCGAGCUCGGCAAGAUUGCGGAACUUGGGCGGCAGCUACAGGACACGGGCAACGAGCUGAAGAGGGCUAACUACCUUUUCACUGUUGCCACGAAACAGAGCGCUUUGUCCACAGAUAACCUCAAGAAGGUUCAAGCUGACAGGAAAUAUGCAAGCGACGUGAUUGAAGACGUGACGGAUGAACUGCUGAUAUUGGGGACCUUUCACUCUCUCCAGCUAGCUAUGGAGAAAGAAAAGGAAAAGAAGUCCAACCUGCAUAACCUUGUUCUCAGGGAGGAGAUAGGAAGGAAGAAGAUAAAGUGUCUCCAGAAGCAGCUCAAUGAUGUCAAGAAAGAAAAGGAUUACGAGCUACAGAAUCGGAAUGAGAUGAUUGCGUACCUCAAAGACCAACUUCAAGAGAUGAAGGCUAAAACUGACAUGGAGAAUCGUUAUGUCAAGAAGGACACGGAGCUCCAGGUGGCUCAAAUGCAGAAGAAGUGCUUUGGUGCGGAGAACGAUCAGCAGAAUGAAAUUGAAAAGCUGAGGAAUCAAACUGAGCAGGAGAACAGAGUCCACAUGGACAUUGAGAAUUUCCUUAAGCAGCAGCAAAUGAGCAUAGAAGAGAAGCUGGAGUACUGGAUGGACAAGUAUGAGAAAGACACAGAAGCCAAGCAGCAAGCGCUCAACGCUCUAAAGGCCUCCAGAGCAGCUGACCAGGCAGCACUACAGGAACUGGCCAAGCAGUGCCUUUUGUGUGAGCAAGCAAUAAUUGAGGACCGUAAGGAAAAGGAGCAUGCCCGGAAGAAGGUAGAACAGGAUGCUCUGGAGAUGAAGAGUAUCCUGAAGCUGCAGGCCUGGUGGAGAGGCAUGAUGGUCCGUAGAUUCCUUGGCCCUUAUAAGAACCUCAAAAAAAUCCUGGAAGAAGAGCCAACAGGAAAAGAAAAAGGGAAGAAAGGCAAAGGGAAACCUGGCACAAAGAAGAAAAAGUGAUGGGAGCAGAGUCCAGCUCUAGCAUCAUAUUCACACUGAGCUUUUGGGCAAUUUGGUGUUGUGGGAUGAAGGAAUGGGACAACUGUAUGUCUUUGCCAAAAGGAUCAGAAAUAAUAAAAAAACUAUAAGCAUUCAUCUUGA